AUGGCUGGAAAAGCUUGGCUAAGCAAUUUUCUGAAACGAAAUCCCAAAUUGUCGUUCCGUAAACCUGAAGCUACCUCUGCCGCCCGAGCCAGAGGCUCCAAUAAGCCAGCAGUAUCUGCGUUUUACGAUUUGCUGGAAGAAGCGCUGAAAUAUCCAAAAUUGACGCCAGAUCGUGUUUUGAACGCCGAUGAGACUAGUGUUUGUGACAAGUCUAAGGUAGCGGCAUUGAAAGGCAAAAAACAGGUUGGUGGUAUUACAUCUGCGGAACGUGGAGAAACAGCUACGGCAGUAAUGUGCAUGUCCGCAACCGGACAGCUCCUUCCGCCAUUCUUCAUUUUUCUUCGCAUGCGGAUGCACGAAGCUUUGAAGAAAGGGGAAUCACGUGGAAGCAAAUUUGCCUGUAAUGCAUCGGGUUACAUGACGGUCGAAAUAUUCAAUGAGUGGUUCGAUCACUUUUUGGAGCAUGUAAAUCCUUCUGAAGACAGUCCUGACUUGCUCAUAAUUGAUGGCCACUCGUCGCACACGAAGAACCUAGCUUUUACCGAGAAAGCUAGAGCUAACUUUGUUAAGGUUCUAGUUUUACCACCUCACACUAGCAACAAACUUCAACCGCUUGAUGUAUCCUUUAUGGCACCUUUCAAGACGUACUACGCAUAG